AUGAGCGCGCGCAUCUCCGAGUGGGCCGUGCUGCAGGACCUGCAGCCCAGCCGGCGCGCACGCAGCCUGCAGCGCAAGCGCGGCAGCACGCGCAGCACCGGUAGCACGCGCAGCACGCGCUCGCACGGCGACGCGCUGCGCGAUGAGGCGAGCACGGCGGACGCGGGCGCGCUGCGGCCGCGCUCGGCGACGCGGCUCUCCAUCCACGACAUCAGCCGGCUGCCGGCGCUCGGCGACGACUCGGCCGUGGGCGCCGUCAGCCGCUCCAUCCCCGACCUGUCGACGCACGACGUGUCGCGGCGCGGCAUCCAUCUGCCGCAGCCACAGUUCGAGCUGCACGGCGAGGUGACGCUGACGCCGCACGUGACGCUGUCGCGGCCGAGCACGCCGGGCCCUGGCGCGCGUGACGGCGGCGGUCCCAGUCGCCAGCCGUCGCUGCACCGACACCGCGCUUCGACCGUGCUCGAGGAGCUUCGCAGCCAGCCCGGCUCUGCCGGCGACACGGAGCGCAGCGGCCCAUCCACCGGCGACGGCACCCUCAGCACGCUCCGCACCUCGUGGACGUCCGUGGCCGUGCCGCUCGGCACGUCGCGACGCUGGAAAAUCCGUCCCCAGCUGCUGGCGGUCGGCACCGGAUGCCUCACCAUGCUCGUGACCGGCUUCAUGAUGGCCUACCAGUCGCCGGCCAACCCGCAACACGUGCUGUCAUCUGGCGAGCGGCGCCAGAACCAUCUGCUCGCCGUUGGCUGCCUUCUGGGAUCGCUGGUUGGCGGCGUGCUGCUCCUGGCCGGUCGGCGACGGCCGUUGCUGGCCGCCUGCCUGGCCGACGCCGUCGUCUGGACGCUGCCCAUCUUUUCGGCCGACCCAUGGCUGGCCUACACGGCCGAGAUCCUGACCGGCCUGGUCAGCUGCGCAGCCAUCCUGCUCGUGCUCGUAUACGUGGCCGAGGUCAGCGUGGCCGAGUGCCGUGGCGGCUUCUUGGUGGCUGCGCUCGCCUGCUUCGACGUCGGCGUGCUGCUGUGUCUGUUGCUGGCCGAGCUGAUGGGGCGCCGCUACCUGGCCGUGGCCGGACUCUGCCUGCUGCUGCCGCUAUUCGCCGCGCUGCUCCUCGCACUGCCCGAGUCGCCGCGCUUCGUGGCCGCCGCCGGCAAUAAGGUUGGGGCCGAGAUCAGCUUGCGCCUGUUGCGUGGCCUCGACUACUACAGCGAGAGCGAGCUGAACCUAGUGCUCACCAACCUGGACGCCGGCGGAAUCGGUGCGGCGUGGCUGCGCGCGCCCACGCCACCGUCACCUCCUUCGCCGUCGGCCUGUUUGUCGAGCACGGCGUGCGCGUGCAACGCACGGCGCUCUUCUGCGUGA